AUGCCCUAUUCGAUUCAGGAAAUAAGCAAGAAUCAGCGGUCGUACGGUGGAGAGUCUGCGACGAACGCGGCCGGACUAUCCGUGCCGUCGAGAAGGAACUGGUCCAUCCGAUCGUCAAUUUUGGCGAGUUGGGACCGAUUAGAUUCACGGCCUACAUGUGUCCGUGAAUCCAGUUCAUCGACGGCGGACGUUGUUCCAGUGCCCGGAACGUACGACUUUGUGAUCACCAAGGACUACUGCCGGAAUAACACCCCGCCGAAGGUACUGGCGAUGGUGUUCGUGAUUGACGUGUCGUACAAUAAGGUCAAGUCCGGGCUGGUUCAUUUGCUGUGCGCGGAGUUCAAGAACAACAUUCGUCACUUGCCCGUGGAUGAGGGACAGGAGCGUGCCUCGAUUAAGGUCCAUGAAGCUUCAUCACUUACAGCCCCAGAUGGUGGUCGUCGGAGAUGUCCAGGAAAUGUUCAUGCCCUGCUGUUCACAUCCUGCUCGGGCCAGCGCCAGCUGCGCGUGUUUAAUCUGAGCCUGAAGACGUGCAACCAGUUGGCGGAUUUUUUCCGCAGUAGCGACCUGGAUACGACCAAUCUGUUCUUCACCAAGCAGGGCCUGUUCAAGCUGCAGGAUAACAAGCCGUAGGCAAUCAAGGACAGCCUGAUCAUGAGGGCGGCCCAGAUUCUGGCCUGCUACCGGAAGAACUGGGCAUCGUCUACGUCAGCCGGCCAGCUCGUCUUGCCGAAUUGCGUGAAAUUGCUACCGCUGUACAUUUAGUGUCUGCUGAGAACGACGUCUUUUCGAGGGGAAUAAGGACCCCACUCUGCACGACCGAUCUUACGUGAUCUACUUUGUGCAGCGCAGGUGCUGACAUUGGUUCCGGACUUUUACCCGUGGUUGACGCCGGUGCACGACGUCAACGUUGACGUCUCAAAUGUACCCGCGGCCAUCCGGUGCACGGCAGAUAAGAUGAUGGAGUUGGUACUUACAUUUUGGAAAACGGUAUUCACAUGUUUAUGUGGCUCGUCAUGGGCCUGUGGAGGAAGCGUCUGCAUCGAGCUGCCCGACGUGAUGGCUGCUUACGGAGUAUACGGAAGCUGCGGUUCGAUUUUUGUCUUCAAAAUUAUAUUUUAUUUAUUUUAAAGCGGCUUUACAUUUUAUGUCAAUAAAGUAUCUAAAACUCGUCCAGUAGUCGUCCCUUCUCCCUCUCCUUCUGUCACCGGAUCAUCUCGAUUCAAGUCGGAUACAAUCCGCGCUUUUAGCCGACUUUCAAUUUCACCGCCAAUUCGACGGUCCGGAUGUUCUGUAUGUGCAAAUGUAACAUCCUAGAGCAGAACCAGAAACUGUUUAAUUGUAAUAAAAACACUAAUUGAAUUGAAAGUGAAUUUUACUUUAAACAACUCGAUUUAUUCCAGAUUGUUUUUUAUUAGCUGAACCUGCCGCGGCGUCCUUUAUAAUCCGCUCUUUGCAAUCCUGCGGUGGAAUACCACACAGCUGGCGUUGAAUCUCCAAAUCGUGGUCCAAAUUGAAGAUAUCAUCGUGCACCGACACCACCAGGUGCCAAGUUCCGCUUCCUCCUUAACCACGACUUUCUGCUUCCGUACUGCGGCCUCCGGCUUACUUUUCGAGCAUGAGAGACGACGCCUGGAAUCCGGACCGACACCCGACAAAUACGGACACGGUUGGGUCGCACUGGGCGUACGUUUCACCGGUGAGCCGCACUAAAAUAACAAUGCCCAGCAGGAUGUGUCAAUCGUCUUCCGGCAAGUCCACUUCCUCCAGGUUGAUCCGUCGGGGUCCUCGCGAUUCAUUGUUUUCGUGAUAUUCGGCCGCAUCGGUGCUGCCUGAAUAUUGCGUUCACUCCCGUGCACUUGCGCAACUUGUCAAUUGCUUGGCAAACGUUUCACGAUUGGCUGGGAGACGGUCACAAUCAGGGCAAGAGCAGGAGAUAGAUACUGUAAUGGACCCAGUAUAGGCUUAUCUACAGCCAAGCGCCUCGAUUAUCAGCC